AUGAUUGAGGAAACUGGAGAAACAUUUUUGAGAAACCUACUACCAAUACUUUCUCAGAACAGAAUCUGUGCUGCCUUUGCUGAGAAAAUUCCCAUAAAAGCCUUUUUCAGUGACUUCUUAAAUUUGCAAGAAAAGUGGAACAAGCUAUUUGCAGACAUUAUGAAAAGUAAAGCCAGCACUAUUGUUGUCUAUGGAGAAACUUUGACCAUGAUAACAUUGAGAGGUCUGUUGCAUGAAGGAGAAUCUGAGUAUGGGAAAUCACUUGGUAAAGUGUGGAUUAUGGUAGCCCAGAUGGACCUUGUAGCAGUGUCCAUACACAAGGACUGGGAUAUAGAAGCCUUCCAUGGUGCCUUAGCCUUCACAGCCCACUCACAUGAGGUGCCAGGAUUCCAAAAUUUUCUUCAAAAACUAAACCCUCAUUUGAUGAAGGGAGACGGCUUCAUCCGACCUUUGUGGGAGCAAGCAUUCGGCUGUUCAUUUCCAAAUUCCCAUUUUAAUGGAGAUGAUGUGGACACUUGUACCGGAGAAGAGAGGCUGCAGAAUCUUCCUGGGCCUUUCUUUGAAAUGAGCACGACUGGCCACAGCUACAGUAUCUACAAUGCUGCACAGGCUUUGGCAAAUUCAGUACAUGUCAUGUACCCAUCCAUAUCCAAAGUCAUGGUGGGAAGAAGGAAGCUACAGCAUAAAAAUAUGCAGCCAUGGAAGGUGAUGCCCCUUUCACUCUGUAACAACAACUGUCAACCUGGUUACCAGAAGAAGAAAAAGGAGGGGGAGCCAUUUUGCUGCUACGAUUGUGUUCCAUGUCCAGAAGGGAAGGUUUCUCAUGCACAAGAUGCAGAUUCUUGCACAAUGUGCCCAAAAGAUCAUUAUCCAAACAAGGAAAAGAAUCACUGCAUUCCAAAGCUAAUGACCUUCUUGUCUUAUAAGGACCUUUUGGGGAUGAGUUUAGCCAUCUUUGAACUUUUAUUUUCCUUGAUCACUGCUCUAGUGCUAGGAGCCUUUAUAAUGCACCGAGACACUCCUAUUGUCAAAGCCAACAACCGGAGCCUCACCUACACCCUCCUCAUCUCCCUCCUGCUCUGUUUCCCUUGUGCUUUGCUGUUUAUUGGCCAUCCUGGGAAGGUGAUGUGUCUCCUCCGUCAAGUUGCGUUUGCCAUGGUCUUCUCAGUGGCUGUCUCUUCUGUGUUAGCAAAAACCAUUACAGUGGUUCUGGCUUUCAUGGCCACCAAGCCAGGAAGUAGCAUGAGGAAAUGGGUAGGGGAAAAGGUGGCCAACUCCAUUGUUCUUCUCUGCUCUCUUGUUCAAGGAAUUAUUUGUACCGUAUGGCUGGCAAUUAAUCCUCCAUUUCCAGAUAGCGACAUGAACUCAGUGACUGAAGAAAUUGUACUUGAAUGUAAUGAGGGGUCUGUGACUAUGUUCUAUUGUGUCCUGGGUUACAUGGGCUUCCUGGCUAUUGUGAGCUUCACUGUAGCUUUUCAGGCUAGAAAAUUACCUGACAGUUUCAAUGAAGCCAAGCUAAUCACUUUUAGCAUGCUUGUGUUUUGCAGUGUUUGGUUAUCCUUUUUCCCCACCUACUUGAGCACCAAAGGAAAAUACAUGGUAGCUGUGGAGAUCUUCUCCAUCUUAGCCUCCAGUGCUGGGCUGCUGGGUUGCAUCUUCUUCCCUAAAUGUUAUAUUAUUGUUCUAAGGCCAGAACUGAACAAAAGAGAUCACUUAAUAAAGAGAAAUGUUCACUGA